CAGCUGAGGCAUACACACACAGAACUACAUUAUCCUCAGAGGUCUGUCAGGCAGUUAAGCGUCUGUCUAUGUGUAGAGGCAAAUUAACCUCCGGAGUUGCUGCGAAUGUCCCAAUGCGCGUACUAAAACAUGAACAACAACAAGUCUAAACAAACUAAAAGGACCGAAAAGAAGAGUCCCUCUGCGAAUCUGACUGAAAUUGAAAAACACAACAAGGAUAUUGCUCAACCUAAUGUUCCUCCGAAAAUCGCAGCACGCCUGACGGCCUCGUCCAAGGACAAACAGAUAACUCAGGAGACUCUAAACAAAGGCCUAGACCAGGCCAGAGAAAGGAGGAUGUCUAAACAAACUAAAAGGACCGAAAAGAAGAGUCCCUCUGCGAAUCUGACUGAAAUUGAAAAACACAACAAGGAUAUUGCUCAACCUAAUGUUCCUCCGAAAAUCGCAGCACGCCUGACGGCCUCGUCCAAGGACAAACAGAUAACUCAGGAGACUCUAAACAAAGGCCUAGACCAGGCCAGAGAAAGGAGGAUGUCUCUGCAAGCAGACCGAGCAGAUCGACUACGCCAACAUUUGGCCCGUGUGGAACAAGUCGCGCAAAUGAAGAAAGGUCAAAAGCCGCUGACAGAAGAACCUGAAGUGGAGUGACCUGUACAUCCCAUGCUAUUUGCGUAUUAAAACUUGUUAGUAGUUGGAUGAACUUUCGCGACGCAUACUGUCCGUUUCUGCCUAGCUAGAGAAAACAAGGUUUGUCAAAU